GCAAACACUGUGCGAGUUACUAAGCAGUCAUUCUCAUUUUGUGUCGGACAAUUCAGCUGAAAAUCGCAUUUUCUGCUGAAAAUAGACUUGCAAGCAGUGUUAGCGGCUUGGAUAAUUGAUAAAUAGCCUUAACGUAUCAACAAUAAAAUGUCGGCAGCAGGUUCUAUUCCCCCACCCGUUUCGUGGGCUCAGCGCAACGAUUUGGUUUACGUUAUCAUCGAUGUGGAAUGCAAGGACAUUGAACAGAAAGUGACAGACAACAGUUUCACUUUCAAGGGUGUAAAUGCACUGGAUGCAUCGAAGAAAUAUGAAGUCACAUUGAAUUUUUUGCAUGCGGUUGAGCCGGAGAAAGUGACAAGCAAGAAUAUUGGACGUUGCCUUGAAUUCACAAUACCCAAGAAGGAGAGCGGACCAUAUUGGCCCACUCUGACCACGGAUAAAACCAAAUUGCAUUUCCUAAAAGCCAAUUUCGCCAAGUGGCGCGACGAGUCUGACGAUGAAGAAGCAGAUCCCAAGGACAACGGCAUGUUUGGCAACUUGCUGAAUAGUCCCGGCGGAGAUUGGAACAACAAGUUCGACGAUUUCAAUGUGGACGAAGAUGACGAUUCUGAUGAUAACAUCCCCAGCCUGUCGCAAAACGAUGAGGAUGAUGAAGAGGGUGGGGAGGGUGACAAGAAGCAGUAAUUAGAGUCGUAGCUAUAGCCGAGACCCUUAUAUACCGUUAAGUCACACACAUACACAUACACAUAGUCCCCUCUACUACUAUAACAUGCACAGAUACAAAACACAUACACAUUCAAACCACAGACUCAUGCGAUCAUAAACACAAUUCCAAAAACUACACCGAUAACCUUGCGCAGCAAAUGCGCAUUGUUAGCGAGGGUAAACAUCAAAAAGGAACAAAGAAGUGCAUCAAUAUUUCGCUGGAUUUUCGCCACAACAAUAAUAAUAACAGGAAGAAAGCUACAACCAAUUCAUUGCGAAGUUUCAUUUGCAAUUUAUUAAUUUUUUGUUUCCUGUAAAUAAAGAGGAAAUUAAAAUAAAAACAAAAA